AUGGUGCUCGUACUCGCUGCGCUCGGGGCCGCCUGUGCCGCCGUUUUGUUCACUCAAGGAUUCCUUUGUAUGUUGGUGUCUAUUAUAAUACUUGGUAUUGUUUACCUCCUCGCAUUCCACCAACGCUGGUGUUACGUCGCUAUCAAAACUACUCCAAGAGAUCUCAGGGCUCUAUUGUCAUACAUAAAGAUCUUAUGGAUAACAAGGAAGUUUAGUAGCAAGGAUUUGACUUUGCCGGAUAUAUUCCAUGAUGUUGUCAGUAGACAUCCAGACAAACCAUGUUUCUUGUUCCAAGAUGAAGUCUGGACUUUCAAAGAGGUAGAAGACUACAGUUUACGAGUCACAGCAGUACUUAAAGCUCAAGGCAUAAAGAAAGGAAGCAUUGUAGGACUAUUAGUGAACAACUGCCCACAACAGCCGGCUCUGUGGAUGGGAAUAGCUAGACUAGGAGCUAUCACACCUCUUAUCAACACCAACCAAAGAGGGAAUGCCUUAAUCCAUUCAGUGAACGUAGCUAAAUGUGACGCACUAAUAUUCUCCGACGAAUACCAAUCAGCUAUCCAAGAUGUAGCCAAAGACUUGAGCCCAUCUUUAAAGUUAUUCAAGUUCUCCCAACGACCUUUGAAGACUUCCAAUUCGAAGUCUGAAGGCAGUGGGGAUGGUAUCGCCGAUUUCACCAACUUGGUGGAGACCACAUCGCCAGCACCCUGGACAUUGGCUGAUGCUGACGGGUUCCAAGGAAAGCUGUUGUAUAUCUACACGUCUGGAACUACUGGAUUGCCUAAAGCAGCUGUUAUUUCUAAUGCUAGGUUCGUCUUUAUGGCAACUGGACUUCAUUACAUGGGUUUGGAAGGGAACGAUGUGUUCUACUGCCCUCUACCUCUCUACCAUACGGCGGGAGGAGUGAUUAGUGUCGGCCAAGCUGUAAUAUUUGGCUGCACAGUCGCACUCAAGACGAAAUUCUCCGCUUCUCAGUACUUCCCCGACUGCGUCAAGUAUAAGGCCACGGCUGCCCAUUACAUAGGCGAGAUGUGUCGCUACGUGUUGGCCACGCCCCCCUCGCCUGCGGACACGCAGCAUAGCGUGCGUGUCAUCUAUGGCAACGGACUUAGACCUCAGAUCUGGAAAGACUUCGUGAAGAGAUUCAACAUCCAGUCGGUGACAGAGUUUUACGGAGCGACUGAAGGAAAUGCCAACAUAGCGAACGUGGACGGUACACCAGGUGCCAUUGGCUUUGUAUCCAGGAUAUUCCCUAAAGUAUACCCCAUCGCCAUCAUCAAAGUGAACCAGGAGACUGGAGAGCCUAUUCGAAACUCAAAAGGACUUUGUCAGUUAGCGGAACCGAACGAGCCUGGAGUAUUCAUCGGCAAGAUCCAAGCAAGCAACCCAGCACGUCAAUACCUCGGCUACGUGGACAAGGCAGCUUCGGACAAGAAGGUCGUUCAUAAUGUCUUCCAUUUCGGAGACUCUGCGUUUAUAUCAGGUGACAUCUUAGUAGCAGAUGAGUUUGGCUACCUCUUCUUCCGCGACCGAACUGGUGACACAUUUAGAUGGCGCGGCGAAAAUGUAUCCACCACAGAAGUCGAAGCCGCCAUCUCUAGAGUAGCUGACCAUAGAGACGCUGUCGUUUAUGGUGUAUUGGUACCCAACACGGAGGGUAGAGCGGGCAUGUGUGGUAUAGUGGACGUGGACGGUACCCUGGACCUGGACAAACUGUGCAGGGACCUGGCGAGAGACCUGCCUGUAUACGCGAGACCUGUGUUCAUCAGGGUCAUGGACAGCUUAGACAUGACUGGUACAUUUAAAAUGAAGAAGACUGAUCUACAAAAGGAUGGUUUUGAUCCGAAACUAGCCAAGAAGGACAAGCUUUACUACUUAGAUCUAAAACAAGGUCGGUAUCUACCGCUAGGCGUGGAAGAGUAUGACAAAAUCAUUAGUGGACAAAUUAGGCUGUGA